GGCCGAUGAAAGCAAAACCCUAAUUGGCGCAAGACUUCUACUGCUUCCUCAACUUUGCUAGGAGGUGAGCCAGAGAGACGCUGGAGCGGCAGCUUCUUCGGUUCCAGGAUGGUGAGAAUCAGUGUACUGAAUGAUGCUCUUAAGAGCAUGUACAAUGCGGAGAAGAGGGGGAAGAGACAAGUCAUGAUAAGGCCUUCUUCUAAAGUGAUCGUCAAGUUUCUUCUUGUCAUGCAAAAGCACGGCUACAUCGGCGAGUUUGAGUAUGUUGAUGAUCACAGGGCCGGUAAGAUUGUCGUUGAACUAAAUGGAAGGCUAAACAAGUGUGGAGUCAUCAGUCCUCGAUUUGAUGUCGGUGUGAAGGAGAUUGAAGGUUGGACCGCUCGUCUCCUUCCUUCCCGGCAGUUUGGUUACAUCGUUCUGACAACCUCGGCGGGCAUAAUGGACCACGAAGAAGCGAGGAGAAAGAACGUCGGAGGGAAGGUCCUCGGGUUCUUCUACUGAAAAAGCCGAUACUCUGUCUGCUCGUUGUAUUCUUCUUAUCCCUUUUUUUUUCGCAGGGAGGGUUUGGUUGAAGCCUCACUCUCGGAAAGUAAUGCCAUUUUGUUUGUUUUUGAAUGAUUGAUUAUUACCAUUUUUCAAUUUAGACAGACAAUUUCAAUUCAGUGAUCCAUCUCCGUUUUUAUCUUUUA